UCUACACGUCAGCAGCAAUCGCGGUGUCCGUUUGCCUUGAAUUCAGCCUUCGUUAAAUUAACCGCCAAUUAACGCUCGGCCGAUUGUAUGUCUUUCAUCUAUACCUGUUCCGUUUCAACCUUGCAGCGGUAAAUAAAGCGUUAAAUUACGUUUCGAACACGUCGGUUCUCUAGUUCGUUUGUAAUUUUCGCGUAAACGUGACUUCGGAUCUCGGUUCCCGACGCGAUCAAUCCUCGAUCGCCGCCUCGAAAUUCUCGAAUUAUUCGACUCUUGAUUCUUUCAUUCGCGUAAUUCGAGUCGGAUUGAAAUUAAUUAAACCCACCGACUCGCAGUAAGUGCGGAUAAGCGAAAUAGAACGUGAUUCACGCUGUUAGAAUUCUCACUUUUGUGUACGUGCAGGCGGCGCUCAGGAAUGAUCGAUGAAACGAGUCUCAACCACGUUUGCGGGAAGCACUCGGUCGUCCGGUGUAUAACCGCGAUAUCCGAAUCCUUAGUAACCGUGUUACGUUCUUCCUGCUAUUGAUUUCAGAGCUUACGCCUGUCUAUAACGCGACUUACAAACAUCGAGCUCUGUAAUACCCAGGAGGGCAGCAGCGAUUCGGCAUAAAAGCGUUAAACACGCUUUUGACCGUUAAUUCAUUCCAUACGCAAUUUUUCCGUCGUUGACGACGGUCCGCGCAACGCGAGUUUCUUCUCAAUUAGCAAAUUAAACUAACGGCUGCGGUCACGUGAACGUAACGAUGAUUCCCGACGUCGAUAUCGUCUACGCCACCUCCGAGGAGAAAAUCAAAAACAUGCCGACCGGAAGACCCGGAAGUCCUUCGUCGAGCACCGAGGAUGAAGGACCGCCGAUUACGGCCUGGCAGAGGUAUCAGCAGUUUCUUGCUGUGAUGGAGGCGAGCGGAGAGAAAAUGGACCGGAAAGUUAUGCUGGAGGCGAUGUUCAGGGGGAACGAUUUGGCCUACGGCAAUCACUGACGUUCAAUUAUAAUAUAAUC